AGGAGGUCAAGGAAGCAAGCAACAGAGGAGAGAACUCCAGCCCUCAAGUCCUCGUCGGAGUCAUCUCCACCUUCUCUAUAAAGUCCUCUCUGCGCUGCGAAAUCACCACUCCUCAAGGAUUAAGACAUCUCUAAUUGGUUAAUCAAGAAAAAGCUGUGAUGAUGAUUAAUGGCCAAAAAGUGCCGCCACUGGAGGUGGCUGUGCAGCUACCGGACUCCAAGGUGGCAGCGACUGAGAACAGUGGCACCAUGAGUGGGCCGCUGAUGGGUACGCCGAGGCCUUUUGGCCGGAAAGCUGAAGUCCUGCACGUGGCACUUAGGCUGUUGUGCAUGGUGACAUCUGUGGCAGCUCUGUCGUUUAUGGUCACUGCCCAUCAGUCCAGCUCUAUCUCCAUCUACGGGUUCAUGCUUCGUGUUUACUCUAAGUGGUCCUUAUCUCACUCAUUUGAGUAUUUAGUUGGAGUUUCAGCAGCUGUAGUUGCACACUCCUCGCUACAACUCCUCAUUAGCUUGUCAAGGUUGCUUAGAAAAUCUCCCCUGAUUCCAUCAAGAAGUCAUGCGUGGCUUAUUUUUGCAGGAGAUCAGGUGUUUGCAUACGCAACAAUGAGUGCUGGGGCUGCAGCAUCAGGGGUCACAAACCUGAACCGCACAGGAAUUCAACAUACGCCAUUACCAAAUUUCUGCAAGUCUUUACAUUACUUCUGUGACCAUGUUGCUGUCUCUAUAGCCUUCACUUUCUUCAGCUGCUUCUUGCUUGCUGCAUUGGCGGUUCAUGAGGUUAUGUGGCUCUCCAAGUCAAAGUAUUGAACUUCUUUUGGCUUGGAUACUGGAUGUUUGUGCUUAUAGAGGCUAUCAGCAACUACCACUUGUAGGAAAUAUACGUAUGCUCUAAUUAGUUCCAGCGAUCAACUUUCUUUAUGGAAAGUUUUGUAGUUUAACAUGUUUAAGUUGCCAUGAAUAGUAAAGAUCAAAGAUGGGGCAUUAUCUAAUUAUGAUACCAUGUUCGAUUUCAGUGAU